CGCUUCAACAAAUCUCGUCUCCCUCACCCUGUCGCUCUUUUCCUCGGCGGCUCAGCUUGUUCUCAUUCUCUAUAGCUAGCAUACAAGUAAUGGACUUGUCGGAAACGCAGGCCCAACGGGAACACCAAAACGUGGUGGUAAUGAGGCACGGCGACCGCAAGGACAACGUCGAUCACCUAUGGGUGACGAAUGCUGCGAAGCCCUGGGACCCGCCGCUGGUGGAGAAUGGCCGGGUAUGUGCCUUCUCCACGGGUCGGAAGCUCCGGACCCAUCUCGGCUUCCCAAUCCACCGGGUCCUCGUCUCUCCCUUCCUCCGCUGCGUCCAAACCGCCUCUGAAGUCGUCUCCGCGCUCUGCUCCAUCCACGACGACCCAACCAUCCCCACCUCCGAUGACGUUUCCAUCGAUCCCUCUAAAGUCAAGGUCUCUAUCGAGUAUGGAUUGUGCGAGAUGCUAAACAGGGGAGCGAUCAGAUCUGGUUUCCCUCAAGACGGAAACUGGGGCUUCAAUAUCUCAGAGCUUGAAGCAAUGCUACCAGCUGGGACAGUGGACAGCACUGUGGAACAUGUGUAUAAGGAGUUACCGCAGUGGCCGGAGACAGUAGCGGAUGCAAGGGCUAGAUAUUUGCAAAUCUUUCAGGCACUGGCAGAUAAAUAUCCUACAGAAAACUUGCUACUUGUCACUCAUGGAGAAGGAGUUGGGGUGGCGUUUUCUGCGUUCAAGAAGGACACUACCGUUUAUGCUGUAGAGUAUUGUGCAUAUACAGAACUAAGACGACCCAUCGUCCAUAAAGAUGGAUCAUUUGUUGCUGGAGAUUUUGAGACACGUAAUGGGCAGGGCAUCAAGUACAUUCCAUCAAAUGCUGUGGCAGACGAUGUCAACUGCAGUGACCGUGCGUAAUAUUUUCGAUUGAACUCCUAUUUCAAUUCGAGUAACGAUAGAUACAAUAGUAAUAAUAGAUACAGUUGGGUCUAUUAAUAAAAAAAUAAUUUGUUUACGUGUA